CGGCCAUGGCAACAAUCACAUCAAACACCUUAAAGACACUCUUUGUGGCUCUAAUCAUACCGAUUAUGGCCAUUCCACAGGAGAACAAACCAAAAAUCCCUGCAAAUAUAGAGACUAUCCAGAAGCACAACAUUCAACUGUUGACAGAGCAACUGAAUCGCGGAUGGAGAGCUUUCUGCGAUGCUCCCGUGGAUGAGGGCGUCAUGUCACUUUUUCAGGGCAUAAAUCCCAGCGAUUCGGCACUCCAUGUGAUGACCAUCACCAAUCAGAGCGUUCAGCUGCCCAUCAAAUCGAUUUCGCUGCUUAAAGACUUUGACAUCAAUCCCGAAAGGAAGACCCUGGUCUACGUGAAUGCCUUCCACACGGCCGACAGUUAUUUCAGCGUCCAGGAACAUCUAUCGCUGCUGCAGAGCAGUCGACGGGAUCUUAAUGUGAUUGUCGUGGAUUUUGCUAGGGAUGUGGCACAGCUCUACUAUGCGGUGCGGCAUCAUCUCUCGGUGCAUGGAUAUGCCAUCUACAAUGUGCUGAAGGCCCUCAAGGAUGCGGGCAUUGCACCGCAGGACAUCACCCUCGCCGGACAUUCGGUGGGUGCUAAUAUUGCCGCCCUGGGUGCCCAGCUCUUUGCCAGGGGAUCCAAACAGAAGGUGGGCCAACUGGUGGCCAUUGAUCCUGCGACCAUGUGCCGCACAACCGAUAUCCUUGUAAAACAAAGCGUGGCAGAGCGCGUGGUGGUGCUGCACGGUGAGGGCGAUGUCUUUGGUGUGCGUGUGCCCGUGGGGCACAUCGAUAUCUAUCCGAAUGGCAUUGGCUACUUCCCGCGAAGGAAACUGCAGCCCGGCUGCGACUCCAAGAUCUGCAGCCACAUGUAUCCCUUUGUUCUCUUCAUGGAGGCACUCAUUGAGGGCGUCAUGAUCCCCGCCACCAAAUGCGAAAGUUGGGCCAAAUUCCGGCAGAGCGAUUGCCAAUUCCAGAAUACCAUCAACAUUGGUCUCAUUUACCCCUCCACCGCCAGGGGCCUGUACUUUUGUCUCACGCAACCGAAUCCCCCAUUCACCUACAUGGAGCAUGGACUGCGCUACAAGACGACGCCGCGCACAAAGCCAGAGAAAGCACCAAAGAAGAAAUCUUCAUAGAUCUUAAUGAUAGCU